CUUCAAGAUAAAGAUGGGUUUGGAACAAACCAAGACGUCAGUAAGAAGCCAAGCAAGCACUUAGGCAGGCUGGGUGCUUCCGGCAGGGUGGAACAGCUAACUCCAGUCAGCAUAAGCAAAGCUUUGUCUGAGGAACCUCCACCUCUUGCUUGGAACAAGUGAAAAAGCAGGGGGAUGAAAAAAAAAAAAAAACACAAACAGAUUUUCUUAGAUAACUGCAUGUUUUUUAAGGAAAAUGCGUAUGACUUCCACAGCCAGUAUGCUGCCUUGUAACGUGGCUGCAGCCCAGACAGUUGCACAGGCUCCUAGCCUCAGCACGGCCAUUGGCACCAUCAGCUUCAUCUCAAACCAUGAAGACAGUGUUAAAUCCAGAAGGGACUCCAGCACAGUCACUAUGACCUGGUCCACAGUAAAAAACCUCCAGCCAGAGGCUGCUGCUUAUCGAUCUGCGUAGAAAGGAAGGAGAACACAUGGCUGCGGUAGUGCCUGCGCUAUUAAUAGAGGUAUUUAUUAGUAAAGCUGUACAGGAGCAGUAUUGCUACAGCAGCAACAAGCGAUCUGGAGAACGAAUUUCUCUGAUGGAUAUGGAUAAAAUUGAAGGGGCAGCAGCUGUUCUCCUGCCAGAGGUGCCACCAGAAGGUCAUGGGGCAGCAAGAUGGCAGCAAAAGGAACAGAAACCACACAGCCUCUGAAAGGAACAGGAGGCAAAGCAGUGUCCUCUGCUGGCCCCUGCAACUGAGGAAAAUUCCUAUUUACCUAGACAGUUGUUUCUGUUUUUUUUUUUUUUUUUUUUUUUUUUUUUUUUUUUCCCCAGCUUUAGCUGUAAUUGGACUCGCAAACAACAGGAUGCUCAUCUCCAGCAGAGACCCAGGCAUGAGCUCCAGCGUUACGCUGCAAAGUCCAGGGGCGUCUCCUGGCCUCGCAGAGCGGCUGUAACUGGAGCAGGGAGCCGGGGACGGGCGAUCGAUCACCCCGAUGCUAUUCCACCUCUCGCCUCCCAGUCUUCACUGCCCAUUUCCACAGGAGCUGAACCUGGCACAGAGACCUGCUCUGCACUGCGAAACAUCACGAACAUCAGGCGCGAGGAGGACCGGACGCGUUCUCCAAGCAGCAGGGUGAGGGCUAUCCACAAAUGAGCACGCACAGAGGAGGAGGCAGCCCGUAGCAGCAGGAGCUGGAAAGGUCAUCGAUGGCAAUAGGUCUCCAACUUCUCCUCACCGUCCUUCCUUAUAGCACAGCAACGCUGAGACAUCCUCCAGGUGUCCUUGUGCACAGGAAAAAACUCUUCACCGAAGAGGUGCCGGGAACACCUCUGGGACCCUGAGCGACCUCUGGCUCUGUCUCUUCCUCUGGGAGAUGAGGCUCGCUGCAGGCUUUGUGUGGUUGUGAUUUAAGAGCCCUCGGUGGAGGACGCUCUGCAAGCGUGAUGCUCCUGAAAGCCCCCUCCGUGAAGGUGACAUGAGAGUCUGGCAGGCCUCAGAAGGGAAAAAAAAAUAAAACCUUGUAAAUGGGAUGGACACAGCCAGAGCUGAACACAGCCAGCUCCAAGCGGGCAGCGCUGCAGCGCCGGGUCCUGGCAGCAGCUGAGGACACCACGAAGCUCGCCACGUCCCUGCGGGCUGCGGGGGGCUCGAGUGGCACCCCUGAAAGUCCCGAUCAUGUUAUAACCUAUGAUCACAGAAAGCCCCGAUCCUCACGUUUCUCUGCUGUCACCUGUGGGCUCCUCCAGAGCCGCGAAGAAAGGGGAACUCCAGCCCCACCAUGAGAAGACUGGGUCUUCUGCGCGUGGCGACUCCACCCGUGUGGGAGCUCUGUUAAGGGAGUGCCCGGCAGCACACUUUGCUGUCUGUGGUCUGUGGACAUUGACUGGCACCUAAGCGACACCCAGCUCCCUCCUCUCCCCCUAGAAGCCACUGUCUUAGAGCCUCCAUGCGCAUUUGCUAUGACAUACAUCAAUGUUGAUGAGAGACAGGAACACUGCCGGGUCUUGAGCUGCCAAAAUAAUCAGCUCUGCGCACAACAUGGCUUAAAGGAUUUUCCGGUUAGCAGCAUGCAUCCUCUAAAGAACUUAGACACUCGCAUUUGGUCCGGGGACUUCCACACUCUAGACUCCUGCCGCACAGGCAAGGCAGCUUUGGGCAGUGCUGUGGAAAACCGCCUGUAUCGGAGCGUGGAGAACCUUCACUGGGCGGCAGUGGCUGACUCAGGGCUGCGUUCUCACUGCCGGAGCCUGGACAACGAGAUCAGCUUUGGCUGUAGAGGCAGCAGUCAGUGGGCAGAAGGCUGUGUGGAUGUGGCCCCACUACAGAGCACGUCGGACUCGGUGAGAAACCUUUCUCUCCGCCCCAAGCAGACAUCACGGGCAGCGCAGAACGUGCUGCCCUUUGCCAAAGUGCCUCAGUGGCUCUUCCCCUCUGCAGAGGAAAGAGCCCUACGCGGGGAUGCCAAAAAAGAACUGAAGGAGAAGCUGAGGCUGCACAGCAGUAAGGUGGCUGAGCCCAGCAAGCCGCUGCGCCCGCAGGCAGCCCUGAGUGAGCUGGUGGCCCAGGAGCUUUCUGAAUGCCAGCUGUGCCAGCAGCACAGGAACGGCUGUGCUGUCAGCUGCUGCACGGUUUUGGGGGAGCACACGGCUCUCAGGCACGGCCUCGCGGGGAGGCAGAGCUGCUGUGCUGCACACAGGCCCGUCAGUCCAGAAGACAUCAAGCAGGAGGCGCAGAGGAGGCUGCAGCUCCGAAGGCAGAACAGCUCACCCAGCCUGCCCUUUCAGCGUGCUGGGGAAAGCCCGGAGAUGGCAAAAUCCAGAACAGCAGAGUUCCUGGAACAGCGCGGUGGGGAAAUAACGCUGGGGCAGGGCAAGAAGGGCCGCUGCAGAGGAAGGCUCUACAUCCCCACCUUUGAGGAAUUCAAGCAAAUGAGGAGUAGGGAGGCAAAGCCACCUGCUGGAAGCAGUGAGCCGACAAAGUGCUUGAAGAAGGGUCUGAUGGCAAACCAGGCCCUGGACAAGGAGAGCAAUAACGUCUGCCCCGAAGCUCUGGGGACCAAAGCGGUGAAUGAAGCUGCCACCAUAGAGGAGGAUGAUGAUGUGUUCCAUGAAAACAACACCGCCGCUGGCUUUGCGCAAUAUCCAGCCACAUGGGAUGGUUUCAGGACGAGCAGCCCUGAGGUGAAGGAGCGAACCUUCCAGAUCUCCAGCCCAGAGAGAUCCCCGAUCCCCAUUUGCUCUAGCCCUAUUCCGCGAUCACCUUUGCAGGCUGUAGCCACACACAAAGCUGGGCAGGAAAUCUUCAGUGAUGAGCAGCAGAAAGGAGAGACAAGCCAAUUAAAUGAUGUCCUCCACCUUGCAGGGCAGUCGCUGGCUUCUGAAGCCCAGUCCUCUUGCUGUUCAUCGCUGCUGUUAGAAGCCACGGACUUGUCAAGCUAUGGAGCUAAACUACAAAAAAUGAAGGAUGAAUUCAUAGGUUCAGCCCUGGAACUUAUUAAGAAAAGCUGCAAUGCCGAGACUGCUGCCAAAUCCCCCUCCAAGGGACAGUGUGAUCUGAAGAAAGCCGAUCUCCCCCCUCCGGAGGACAGCCAGCAACCCACAGCGAUGUCCAUGGCAACAGAGGCCUGGGAGGAGAAGGCGAGCAGUGAGACAUCCAGCGAGGCUCAGCCUGCGGGGAACACCUCCAGCCCUGGCUGCCGCCGCUCCAGCUCCGACAUCGUCCAUGAGAGCAGCGCCAAGGCCCAGCGGGAGUGCCGGCUGCGGCCGCACUUCAGCGACCCCAUGCCGACGGACUCGGUGAAGAGGAAGCAGCUGGAGCUGAAGAUCGCGGCGGCGGCGCGGCAGCACGCGCAGAAGCGCCGGCAGGAGCGGGACUACGGUCCCGUGGUAGCCAAAGCCAACCUCGGCCAUGGCGGCAGCUUCGACGAGACUCGCCGCGCCCCACGUGGCUCCCUCCGCUCCCGGCACCACUGGAGCAACGUCAGCAGCCUGAGCACAGACAGCGGGAUCGUCGGCCUGAACGACGCCCGAGAGGAGCUGGAUGCCGGCGGCGAGGCUGCGCGGACCAAGCCGGCAGAGGUGGAGCGGGCAGACAGCGGCAUUGGGCAGACGUCGGCCAGGAAGUGGAGGAGCAGGGCGGCCGAAACGCUGAGCUCCCUGCAGGCCUGGGAAGCCCACCGGCCCUGCACUGACUGCGGAGAAAGGGACCUCCCGGCAGAGACAGACGUGCAGAACUGCAACCAGCGGCGGGCCGACCUGUGCGAGAAGUGCCGCAAGCGCAGGACGGAGCGCAAGGAGUCUGUGCUGGAGUUUGUCAACACGGAGGCCAGCUACGGGGAGGACCUGCGCAUCAUCAAAGAGGAGUUUUACCUCCCCAUGCAAGCGGCCGGGCUGCUGAGUCAAGAGCAGCUCCUUGGCAUCUUCAGCAACAUUCAGGAGCUCAUCGACCUCAACGAGAACUUCCUGGAGAUCCUGCAGGAAGAGAUCGAUCAGGCCUUUGACCAGGGGGAUGACGACCUGAUGACCGUGUGCAUCGGUGAGAUCUUUCUAGAGUUCGUCAACAUGCUGCCGGCCUUCCAGACCUACUGCCUUCAGCAGUCCUCCUCAGUGAACAUGCUCAACGCGCUGGAGAAGGAGAAAGAGCUGCUCAGGAUAUUCCUCGACGUGUCCCAGAACGAUAACACGGCGCUGCGACGGAUGAACCUGCGCUCCUUUCUGAUGGCCCCUCUGCAGAGGGUCACCAAGUACCCCCUGCUGCUCAGCAGAAUCAUCAAGGCCACCACCGAGUACCACCCAGACCACGGCAGCCUGCGGGAGGCCAAGAGCCGCAUCGAGUCCCACCUGGAGCACAUCAACAUGAAAACCAAGCAGGAGGGCAACACGUGGACCCUCCGCUCCUUUCGGCAGGACAGCAAGAAGAAGAGGGAAGUCAUCAACAUCGAGAUGAGGGAAACCGCCCUCAAAACGGUGGGAUGGCUGCGGGAGGAGACACGCUUCGUGAUGGAGGGGGCCCUGCAGCUGGCCCAGCCCCCUGACGGCCAGUGGGUGAAGAAAGGCAGCAAGACCCUCAAGUUCCAAAACAUGCAGGUCCUCCUGCUGGUCAACAUGAAGCGCGUGUCCGAGUCCAGCCUGGAGCUAGCUGAGCCAGGGCCCGUGAAGGACGCCGUGCUGGUGCUCAUCAGGGACAAAAACAAUGGCAAGUUCCAUUUGCUCAGGGAGCCCUUGAGGCUGAGUAAUUGCAUCGUCUCCACUGAUCCUGACUGUGACGACACUUUUGAACUCAUUGAGAUCAGGCGGGAGGCGUUUGUGUUCCGGGACAGCGACCGGGCACGGACUCACCACUGGUUCAGGCAGAUCAGGCGCUACUCAAGGGAGCUGGGCUCCUGGAAGAAGCGGCGCAAUGCGCUGCCCAACAUCAUGAUCAGCACCCCGCACACCCGGCCCUGAGUCCUGCGUGGGCAGCACGCGGGGAGCCUCGGUGGCUUCGACUUGCUCCGCUCCGUGGACGACACAGAAAGGAGCCUCUGACCCAGAAAGAGUUGUGGCUCCUGCCCAGCAGCACUGGAACUGAGUGUUACAGCCUAAUCCUCGUCUCCAGCCUCAGGACUCACGUCCUGCGUGUGGCCGAGGGACCUGCACGCAGGGGCUUCUCUUGAGGAGCAGGCCCCUGGAAGAAAAUACUGAGUUUUAGUUGUUAAUAUUGCACUGUGGGAGAAUGAUGUGUGAUGCUUGCAUUUGCAUGGAUUCUGUUGAAAGCCAGUCUUGACAACAUGAGAGAGGUUUCCACCAUUGUCUAUAUUUCAUCAGCAUUAGGUAAAGUCAGGGUUAAAAUUAGGCGCAGUAUUAUGCAGCAGAGGAGGAAAGUUGGAGAAAAUGUUUUUCACCACUACUCCCCUAAGGACUAUAUUUCAUUUUUCACCUUUGUAUGUUCAGUCAAAAUACUUGUUAAAAAAAAGAAAGGUCGUUCAUCUUUAAUCCAAAUCAAGUAUGUAUCGGUUUGCUCAGAUUCAGCUGCAUGCACACAGCAAACAAAGACAAAAUCAGGCAAGAAUAAAAGGAACUCUUGCUUUCUCACACAUGCACCCCAAAUACAUCUAGAACCUGUGGACGAGCAGUAUGCUCGCACUGGAAGUCUGUUAUUUAACCGGCUUAGGGACUGGAACGUAGCACUGCAUCUGAAAUGUCUCAGACAUGUAUGUAAAUAUCUCUCUGCUACCACUAAUAGUGAACCUAAAAUGCAAUUAUUUAAAUGAUGUAAUCUAGUGUAUUUCAAAAUUUAAUGGAAAGGAACAAUUUACAUUGUACUGUAGAGUAACAUAAAAGGUUUUAAUAAUUAUGUUUCAACGAC